AUGGUUCCCACCACUCACGAUACAAAACAAGAUGAAUUGAGCUCCCUUACCAAACAUCUCCAGGACGUCAACAUCUUCGACAAACAGAAAAUGCCAUCAAUGAUCCAUGGUAGAAAGGCCAGUACGUAUUUGCGCGUAUUCCAGGAUGACGAAAGUACGGCCAAAAAAAAACCUGGAAGUGGCAGUCUGCCAUCUGAAAAGCACUUGGCGUGCGACGACGAUAUCCAGGUGUCACAGCAGCAGCAGCAUCACCAACCACCACCAACAAAGUCGCACUAUCAUGGUCCACUUCCACCGGGCUGGAAAAUGAGCUUUUUUGAAAAGCGUACCGAAAAGCCACGUCCCACUCCGCCUCCCAGAAGACACUCAUCCUCAACAUACGACGUUCUACCUCGCUUCAGGCACAUAGGGCUGCGAGACAAGCUCUCUAAAGCCUCUCAUAGUCGCAGAAACAGUCGUUCUUCUUAUAAAGACCCUGUAAGAAGCUCUUUACGCAGAAUGACCAAUAAUGCAUCCGUGGAGGAAAAAACAUCUCUGUGGCAGGAAAAGACACCGCCCAUCACAAUCCAAGAGUCAGUACCGCUGGAGUCCGUACCUCCGGAACUUUCGGCCAAACCUGUAGAAGCAGGUAUCGAGCCUGAAGUAUGUGACAAACUCCUGACGCUGAAGCCAAUUUCGUCAGCCACUUACUAUCCGCAUCAAUCCAAGUCUGAGCCUCAAGGAGAAGGCCUUCUUGAGAGAGCUUCAAUAACUCCGACGCCUCAGGAGCGGCAAGAUAUAGGGACACAUAUCCAUAUUUCUCCUGUAAAAAAUCCAAGUUCGUCGGCAGACUCACAGCCAGAGCUUGAAGACGACGAGACUGCCGUAGAUGUUUCACAUCAUGAAAAGCAAGAUGACGACAGUGGCGAUGAUGAAGAGGUAUACCCUUUAGCUGUCGAAUUACAGCCAUUUCCAAACAAGGUCGGAGGUCACACAGCAAUAUUCAGGUUCUCUGAAAGAGCGGUGUGUAAGGUUCUUGUACGUAGGGAGAAUAUGUGGUAUGAAAACAUCGAACAACAGCACAAGGAACUCUUAGAUUUUAUACCUCGUUACAUUGGCGUACUAAACGUCAGACAACACUUCAAUUCCAAAGAAGAGUUCCAGCGCGAAGUAGAACGAGAAAAACAAGUGAAACUCGUAAAGAAGCAACACAAAAUGGACUUUUUAUCUGGGAAAGUCUCACAACCACAAGAUGUCAUGACAGCGAGCGCACCCGUAGAGUUCAAGAACCCUGAAGUCCUAUUGGACGACAACAAGCAUAUUAUUCCAGAUUCAUUGUGGUACAAAUAUUCACACUCCCCAGAGUCAGCGCCCGGCGAUUCUUACCUUUCAUCGCAUAGCCUUGACCGUGAGGACUCAUUGCUCAAAGAUUCAGGUUCAACUGUAGUGAAUACUAAGUUACAAGAGCUGAUUUUGAAGGAGGUCUUUGCUCCAACAAAGCGGAAACCGCAUACUCGUAACUCUUCUUUAGAUAAGUUGAGCAUCAAGAACAAUCCUUCGGCAGCAGACCUUUUAGCGUUAAGCAGCAGCAUGAGAAGAAACUCGCAUGAAUUUCAAGGGCCGGACGAUGGUGUUCCCUCACCUGCUUUACUUCCGCGUUCUACUAAGGCCAGUUUGUCAAAAAACAUUGACUCACACAGUUCUGUACUGGAUCUCAAGCAGUUCAACCUUCGCAAAAUGGCUCAGAUUGAUGCAGAUGAUCAGGACACGACUGAAGGACCCCUUUCACAGGAUGAAGAACUACAUCGGACAAGUUCUUUACGCCACGAAUACAGUAAUUCUGCGGAUGGCGAAGACGGUGUGUUUUCAAUGGAAGAGGAAGAUAUACCUCGCUCUAAGAGCACAUCUCACAAUGAGUCCGUAAUGUUUGAAGAAAAUUCUCACACGAUCGUGUCAAAAUUCAUUCUCUUGGAGGAUCUUACGAGAAAGCUUGAUAAACCAUGCGUUCUGGAUCUCAAAAUGGGGACGCGGCAGUAUGGUGUCGAUGCCGACAAGUUCAAGCGUAUUUCGCAAAGCAAAAAGUGUCGCAGAACGACAUCGCGGAAGCUUGGCGUUAGGAUAUGUGGAAUGAAAAUCUGGAACCAGGAUUACUACAUUAAGAGAGACAAGUACUUUGGACGACGCGUGCAUAUUGGCUGGCAGUUUGCUCGUGCCCUUGCACGAUUUCUGUACAGCGGAAAAGACAUCUGCAGCAUCGUACGCCAAAUUCCACAAUUGGUGAGCCAGUUUGAAAAAUUGCAUGCUGAGAUAAUGGAACUCAAAGGGUAUCGUCUUUAUGGCUCAUCACUGUUGCUAAUCUAUGAUGGUAACAACACCUCAAAAUGUAAUGUCAAAGUGAACCUGAUAGACUUUGCACAGUGUGUUACGCGGGACGACAUAAUCAGAAGCCACGAUUACUUUCGUAUACCGCCAAGAUCACCAGAGUCUGAAGACCGGGGAUUUCUAAGAGGCGUGCGAAGCUUAAAGUUCUACUUGCAAUGCAUAUGGAACCAUUUGACCAACGACAGCCCUUUGCUGUACGGUGACAAACUCGCUACUUACAUCCAGGACAACAAAGAAACGUUGAGCAAGCCUUGGGAUUGGCUGGAUAGCUUCGACACCGAGCCUGAACAAGAGUUUGAUGAUCCCGCUAGCGAACUUCGCAAGAAAUGGCGUAAAUACGAACUAAUAUUCGAUGUGGAACCUCGUCAUCCUGAAGAUCCUGAUAUUAGUGAAUAG